AUGUCGGCCAUCGGAUCUCUCAUUUUCUGCACGGAUUGCGGCAAUCUGCUUCGCGAGUCCACUGGAGACGCCGAUGCGAUUCUACACUGCGAUGUCUGCGGUACUCGCAACAAAGACACUACUCCGCAAACCAUUGUCUCCGAAUCCAAGCCCUCCGCCUUCCCGUCCGCACUGAGAUCCAAGCGCUCUGCGGUUCAGACCCUCUCCGCCGAAGAUCGGAAGACCGAGGCUGUCACGAACCACACAUGCGAAAAGUGCGGUCGCAAAGAGAUGUUCUUCACUACCGUCCAGCUGCGCAGUGCCGAUGAAGGUAGUACGGUAUUCCUUCGUUGCGUCUGCGGUCACAAGUACGUUAUCAACUCUACUAUCAACUUUACUCCUUACCAGAGCUCCAUAAAACCCUCCUAA